AUGAUCGACUUCCUUGGGCGCCCACCGCAUGCGUUUGCCAUUCUCUCACAUACGUGGGAUAGCGAAGAAGUUACCUUCCAGGCUUUUCACCACCAUGCCACGCGCGGCGUAGCCAAAGGCUGGACUAAGAUCGAGCAGACGUGCCUUGAAGCCCAGCGGUGCGGCUUCAAUUAUGUUUGGAUCGACUCAUGCUGUAUAGACAAAACCAACAAUGCUGAGCUGACCGAGUCCAUCAACUCCAUGUUUCAGUGGUAUAGCGAUGCUGCCCUCUGUUUAGUUUACCUGUCCGAUUACGAUAAUUCCGCCUCCCCGAGCGACCGGAACGCAUCGUUGCGCAGUGCCCGCUGGUUUAAGCGCGGGUGGACACUGCAGGAAAUUGUAGCGUCGCGAACCGUACACUUCUACGACCAUGCCUGGCGCUGCUUCGGCACGCAAGAAACACUACGAGACGAGCUGGCGUCCAUUACGGGCAUCGACGCAAGCUUCCUUUCGCCGCCGCAGCAGCCAGGGGCUUUGGAAAUCCGUGACCUUCUCGACGCUUUACCAGUUGGUCGACGCAUGGCGUGGGCUGCUGGCCGACAGACCACCAAACCCGAAGACCUGGCGUACUGCUUAAUCGGGCUGUUCGAUGUCAGCAUGCCCAUGCUGUAUGGCGAGGGUGCCGAGAAGGCAUUCUUUCGUCUACAAGAAGAGAUCAUUCAUAACAGCAACGAUCUCAGCCUCUUCGCGUGGACGGCAGCUAACGGAUCAUCCACGUAUCGCGGCAUACUGGCUCGCAGCCCGGACGAGUUCGCGAGCCUUGGCAAUCUUGUGCUCGAGCAGGACCUCAGGUUCAACCCAGACUAUUCCAUGUCGAAUAAAGGCCUGCGGAUUGUCACCUUCCUGAAACCCACUGAAGACUCAGAAGACGUCAUCAUGCCACUACAUUGCUACACUGCUGAAGUCCAAGGAAAGAGAAAGGUACACCUCGGAGUAAUUCUCAAACAUGAAGGCGCCAGCUCGUACGUUCGCGCAAGACCUCAUAUGCUUGGCGAGUUGAUAAAGCCGACUUCCACCGCGGGUGGGAAUAGCAUCUUCGUCGCCAAAUAUGUGCGGAAGGCGGUUGCCACCGGUACACUCAACGGCGCCAGCAGGACUCCUAAUGCCUUCUACUUCACGAUCCCGAGCAUGAACGCUCCGAUCCGGUCCAAUAGCCACAAGACAGUAACGCUGGUCGAAGUCGAGCCUAGGGAGCUCUGGGAUGCCCAGAACAAUGUCUUCCUUACGCGUGGUUUGCGGAACUUCACCGCAUUUCUUAGGUUCCACGUAAGCUCUAAGGGCGAGAAAUUUGAGGUUCGCGCGGCUCAGUCAGCAUGGACUCCGAUUUGGCCAUGGACGUACUUCCUCGGUCUCGUCCCAACAGCUGGAUCACUUCCCAGCCGGAAUUUCGUCGUCCAUCUCUGGCACAAGCAAGGUGACAUCAACAUGGCGUUUCUAGCAACGACACCUCUUCUCAUCGUCUUUGGCACUCUCGUAUUCUACACACUUAGCCGCUUCUUCUUGCGUAAGAACAGCCAGAAUCUUCCGCUUCCUCCAGGUCCUGAAGGCAUUCCCCUCAUUGGCAACAUCAAUGACCUGCCCAAGCCUGGGAUCCUCGAGUGCCAUCAUUGGCUCAAGCACAAAGAUCUCUACGGUCCUAUAAGCUCGGUGACGGUUCUGGGCCAAACGAUUGGCUGGACCAAGACGUUGGCGAUGCAUCAACCCGAUCAGAACUUCAAACACCAUCGUCGCAAUAUUGCGAAAGUAGCCAGCUCCAGCACGUCUCUUGCCGUCUUUGACCGCGUCCAGAACGAAGAAGCAGCACAUUUCCUCCUGAAUGUCAUGGAAUCCCCCAAUGAUCUGUUCGAACAUAUCAGGAAAGAAGCAGGUGCUGUCAUAUUGAGAGUCACAUAUGGCUAUACGCCAAAUGCGAAGGGACCAGAUCCGCUAGUAGAUAUAGCAGGGCAGGCAAUGGCAGAGUUUGCUGACGCGAGUGUGCCUGGAAGAUGGCCUGUAGACGUCAUGCCUUUCUUACGUUUCCUCCCAGACUGGUGUCCAGGUACCGGCUUCAAGCGUACAGCACGGCAGAUGGCAAAGACCUUGAUACGAACAGCCGAAGAGCCCUACGCUUUCGUCAAGUCGCAGAUGCAGGAUAAGAAAGCGAAGACAUCCUUCCUCUCUCAAGCCAUCGAGUCUCUCGGCUCAGACGCAUCUAUACCUGGGAUACCGAAAGGAGCGAUGAUCUUGCCUAACAAUUGGUGGUUCACACACGACCCAGCCGUCUACUCCGAUCCUAUGACCUUCCGUCCCGAACGCUACAUCACGACACCAACCCAUAUCGCGGAGCCCGAUCCACGUACAUGGACAUUUGGCUACGGGCGUCGAGUCUGCCCUGGACGCUAUGUCGCCGAUAACGCUCUUUUCGCGACAAUCGCGCAGUCGCUGGGUGUCUUCAAUGUCGAGAAGCCUAUCGAGAACGGGAAGCUAGUAGAGCCCAAGGUUGAGUUUGAGCCUGGCGUGAUAAGCCACCCAAAGCCGUAUCGUGUGAGCAUCGUACCGAGGAGUGAGAAGUGUAGAGAGUUGGUCAAGCAAGCGGAGGAGGUGUACCCAUGGGGCGGAAGUGAUGCUGAGACUUUGAAAAAUCUGAGCUAG